CCCUGACUGGACUGGAAGCCGUAUAUGUUUUUUUUUUUUGUUUUGUUUUGUUUUCACCUCCGAGUGACCAUCUUUCUAUUUUUCCUAUCUCAGUUUGUCAGUCAUACAAUUCAACCAAUCAGUGAAGGAAGGCAACGUUCUAGCCAAUUACAGUUGGAGGGGGGCGGGUCACUGACUAAAGUUCAUACUUGAGAAACAGCUACGCUCACCGUUGUUCGUGUGGCAUGGAUAUUCGGACUUAUUUCCAAACAAAUAAGAGGACAACAAGUGACACUGGAGUACAUGAGAAUGGACAGGAAGCAGCACCAUUCAUUUCAGUUGGAAACGUAAGCAUUGAAGUCAACACUGGAGUAAACAUUCAUGCUAGGAGGGUUAGCUACAGCAGCUAGGGAGCACAAGGAGCAGAACCGAGCAGUGCUCAGCCAAACGUGAGUGACGACGUCAACAACAACACUAAUGACCUAGGCACUGAAAACCCAGAAAGACCACUCUUGCAGAGUUUUCCUUCUCGCAUUUUCUCCGGGAUAAAAAGGUCAUUCUGCAGUUCAUGGUAUGGACGUUUUACUUGGCUGGAGUAUUCAGUUCAGGCAGAUGCUGCAUACUGCUACCCAUGCAGAAAGUUUCAGGGACAAGGAUCCAGAUACGGUGAUCCAACUUUCACUGUGACUGGUUUCCACAACUGGAAGCAUGCAGUGGAAGCUGGAAAGGGACUAAACAAACAUGCUGCUUCUAAGGAGCACCUGGCUUGUGAGGCCAUGUGGAGGGACAAGGAAAGACAAACUCAAACAAGUAAAGAAAUCUCAACAUUAAUUAACAAUGAUCAACUGCAGUGCAACAGAUAUUAUCUGUCUGCAAUUAUUGAUGUUGUGGAAUUCCUUGCUGUGAACCAACUGCCUUUUAGAGGUGACCACGAUGCAUACAGUGGCAUGAAUGAGGAUGGAUGUGGACUAUUUUUGUCUUUAUUUGAGUUUUCAUUAAGGAAAGACGCUGAAUUAGCAAGAAUAUCAAAAACUAUUCCUCGCAAUGCAACAUACACAAGUCAUGACAUUCAGAAUAACCUAAUAGAUGUGAUGAGUGCUUUAGUAAAAGAGCACAUAGUGAAAGAAGUUGGUGAAUCAUUCUACACAUUAAAAGCAGACGGAACCAGAGACCCAACAGGGAGAGAGAAUAUAUCCAUAAUUCUCCGCUUUCUGAAUGAACUAUCUGCAGAAAACCAACUGUUGCCAUUCUCUACAAAGGAGAGACACUCAAGCGCCUAUUGGAUCAACGAUGGAGUGGACAUUUUGCUACAGUCUCAGUCAUUCUGAAAUCUUUUGAUGACCUGUCCAUACUGCUUCGAGAAAUCACCAGCAACCGGGCAUUUGGAGCAGAUCUGCGCAUUGAAGCAACAGGAUUGUGGAAGAGCAUGUCUGAACCCAGCUUUAAAUUCAUUGCUGAGAUGGUGCAAAAGAUCCUUGCAUAUCUUGAUCCCCCAAACAAGAUGUUGCAGUCUGAAGACAUGGAUCUGCUUACAGCUAUCCAGCUAAUCAGCAGUGCAAUCACCUGUCUUGAGAAUAUCUGCACUGAGACAGAAUUCCAGGCAAUCCAAGCACAGAGUGACAGUGUCACAACAAGGCCAUCAAAGAGAAGAUGCUCAGAAAACUCUGCCUUUGCCGACUAUGUUGUUGAGGAAAUCAGGACACGUGUCGAUCGUAAUGAUGAAACAGAACUACGCAGGAUUUAUUAUAGUUGCAUUGACUCAGUAUGUGAGGAAAUGAAAAAUCGCUUUGGGAAACAUAAUUGUGACCUGAUGGAGGCACUCAGUGCCCUGGAUCCUGUGCAUGCCACCUUCUUGGAUGUCAACAAGGUGAAGCCCUUACUUGACCUCACCAAGACACCUGCUGUGGACUCCGAAUUCGAGGUGGCCCGCAACUUCCUUGUGACACAAAUGAAAGAGUCUUCUCCACCAGAUGGGAAGAAGUGGACAAUGAAACAGAUUUUGAAACAGUUCCAGAAGCCAUUGGAAGCAAUGCCUACUGUCUUUACAGCCUUUAAACAUGGCCUGACGUUUGGAGCCAGCACUGCAUCUUGUGAAAAUUCGUUUUCCACUCUUAAAAAUGUCUUCACGGAGCAUCGCCAAACUAUGCUUCAUCAACGCAAGGCCAAUCUGAUCCAGUUGGCAUUUGAGAAGGACUUGACUCAGAAAUUUAGGAAUGAAUGGAAGGACAGUGUCUUAAGAAGGUUUCACACACUACACAAACGCCGUCUGCCACUCUACUAAAAGUGGAGUAAACCUCUUUCUGCUCACCACACCUCCUCCCUCACAUGCACAAACUUAGGUUUCUUGCAGGCAGAACAGUUCUCUGUUCUGCUCCUUGUACUCCCUAGCUGUUGUAGUUAACCAUCCUAGCAUUGAAUGUUUACUUCAGUCAGUGUUCUGACAUCAGUGCUUAUGUUUUUCACUGCAUGUGUUUUUGCAUAUAUUUGACUUUUAAUUUAAUUGAAUGAACAAAGCACUGCACUAUUGUUUUUUUUUGUUUGUUUGUUUAGAUUUUGGGAUUUUAUUGACAGAUUGUUGUUUCUCAGCACUGCAGUCACCAUAGAGCCGCUGUUCAAUUUGA